AUGGGAAUUAUACUGGCUCGUCGGCUUACACGGCUCAGUUCGUCGGCCUCAUCUGAUCCAAUUUGCAUGACACAGCUUGGAAGGUUUGGCCGUCCUAAAAUUACUCUUAAACAACACAAAAUUUGCCAACAACAAAAUAAGAGGAAAAUCUGGACCGACGCGGAAGACAUGGAUCUGAUCGAGUUGCAUCAGACUUGGGGGAACCGCUGGUCGGUGAUCGCCCGGCUACUCUCCGACCGGUCGGAGAACGCCGUCAAGAACAACUACAAUGCCACCAAGCGUAGUCUGAACGCAAAGCGCCAGCUCAAGAAGAGGAACAGCAAGCAGCCACCUCCUAGCCAGCUCUCCCUUCUUGCGGAGUACAUCCGCAGCCUGGAGCCGCACACUGGACCACCAGCGGAGACACCUCUGGUGUCCCCACCAUUGUAUCAUGACCAAGAGCACGGUGAGAAGAUGGGGAUGGCCCGUAGAGACGCUACCAUCAUCAUCGCCCCUACCACGCAGGCGCACCAGACCUACCCCAAUCCGGCCAUGACUGGUAUGUACUACCACCCAAACCCGACCAACAUGCAGUACUGGGCGCCGGAUUUGAAUGUUGUCGAUGGGCAAAACAAGGGGUACUCACACUACAUCCCUCCCAAUGCACACCUGAACCAUUUUCUGUCCUACGGUCUGUUGCCAACGCAGAUGGUUAGUGAGCAAGACAUCCAGCAGGCAGUCAAUGCAAGCAUGAACAUGUCCGCGUUCACGGGACAACAUACCCUCCCGACAAGCAACUUGAAGGCGGUGGCAGAGAUGCACCAUGAGUCCUCUGCCAACAACCAACUGGGCAACAUGGGUGGUGGAGCUAGUGAUUGGUCCUACUACUACAGCAUGGACGCGGCUUGUCCGAGCGGCUCUGCUGGAGGUAGUGGUAGCGGUAGCGACCCUGAUGACAUCGACGUGGUGCAGAUGGCCUCGAGCGAGUUUGCCACGCAGGACCGGGAGGUGGUCACCCUCAGUCGACUGCCUAGAUUCAAGUGA